CCCAUGAUGUAGAAUUCUGUAGAAUCUGCUAGCCGAUCUGGAACACCCGAGCAUCGUGAAUGGCAUCACAUCCACUGAAGAUAAAGUGUUGCCAUCCCACCCCAAGCUUUGAUUUGCAUCAACUCCCACCUCAUCGAGCUUCUCUCCCGUUCCUCACCCUCCUUCCAAGAUGACCACCCCAGUCACGGAGUUUAUUGUUCUUACACUCAAAAAUCACGGCACCUCAUCGGGUCCCCCCGCGGCCUGGUCGGACGUCACUGAUACCCUGAAAUCCGCACCCGGCGUCAGCGCCGUGUACACGGGCACCCAGAACGAGGACCCCUCCAAGACGGUCCUCGUCGUGGAAUGGGCGUCGCCCGCCGCCUUCUCCGAGUUCGCCGCCUCCGAGUCCUACACACCCUGGUUCGCCUCCCUCAAGGCCGUCUCCGCCCACACUUCCCCGGACAGCCCGGGCGUCGCCCCGCCGCUCUUCUACAAGGUCCCCUUCACGGCCGACUCGAACCCGGCCGCAGCCCUCGGCGCGCCGUGUACCGAGGUUUUCAUCGCCUACGGCGUGGACGAUUCCUUCCUAGGGCAGACGGCAGAGUUUGCCAAGGAUCUGACGCAGGGCGGAGCUUCGAUGGAGGGGUACCACGGGCAUGCGUACGGCGCGAUCUCGACGCCGCUGGCCGUGGCGGGCUCCGGGGACGGGGAGAAGGGGCCCGCAGUAACACUGUUGCUGGGGUGGGACAGCAAGCAGGCGCAUCUUGAUGCCAAGGCAAAGGCUGGACGUGAGUACACACAUCCCUGUGGUGCGCCAUGACGGCGAGAUGACCCGACGUGCGAGAGAGCCAUGACUAACAUGUCUCGCAGCGAUAUCAGACAACAUUCAUCUGUUGAGGUCAGGCCGCAAGGGCAUUUCCAUGGUAUGUCGUCAUUAUUACAAGCCAGCAAUUUGUGACGAACGCUGACUGCGUACAGUAUCAUGUGAACCUCAAGCGAA